CAGACAGGCUCAGAUAGAAGGAAGGGGUAGGAAAGAUAGUCAGUGUUUAGCGAAGAGAAAAGGUUAGCAAAAAAAUCCGUCUCCAUCCUUUCCCAAACGAAAGGGAAUGCCACCCAAAAGGACAAGAACAGAAUCUACACAUUUUAAGCUUUCUGGAAAAACUCGUAUUGUGAUGUUUUAAAAAACGGGAAGGUUGAAAAGGGAUGGUGAAAUUUGGUUUGUGAGAGAAGACAACAAUAUUAAACAUAGGGAGACGGGGGGGAAAGCAGAAAGAGGGAAUAUUUCGAAAUAAUACGAUUUCAGUAGUUUAAAAGGUUGACUUAGAAAGUACUCUGUGAUUUGUUGUAUUACUAUUACUUGUAUUAUUUGCAAAUAUUAAAUAAAAGCCAUGGAACUGAGAGUUGGAAACAGAUACAGACUGGGGAGGAAAAUUGGAAGUGGUUCAUUCGGGGAUAUUUAUUUGGGAAAACAAGCUACCGAAGGUACUAGCAGUGGCAGCAUAAAAGGUGCAGAUAUUGCUGCUGGAGAAGAAGUGGCAAUUAAACUAGAAUGUGUGAAAACCAAACACCCACAGCUCCACAUAGAGAGCAAGAUCUACAAAAUGAUGCAGGGAGGAGUUGGUAUUCCCACAAUUAAAUGGUGUGGAGCAGAAGGUGAUUACAAUGUCAUGGUGAUGGAGCUUCUGGGACCAAGUCUUGAGGACCUCUUCAACUUCUGCUCAAGAAAAUUCAGCCUAAAGACUGUGUUGCUGCUGGCUGAUCAGAUGAUAAGCCGCAUUGAGUAUAUCCACUCGAAGAACUUCAUCCACAGAGAUGUGAAGCCUGACAACUUCCUAAUGGGACUGGGGAAGAAGGGGAACCUCGUUUAUAUCAUCGACUUCGGCCUUGCCAAGAAAUACCGGGACGCACGCACACACCAACACAUCCCCUACCGUGAGAACAAGAACCUGACCGGCACAGCCCGCUACGCUUCCAUCAACACACAUCUGGGAAUCGAACAAUCACGCCGUGAUGACUUGGAGUCCCUGGGCUACGUGCUGAUGUAUUUCAACCUGGGCUCUCUGCCCUGGCAGGGCCUCAAAGCAGCCACCAAGAGGCAAAAAUAUGAACGAAUCAGUGAGAAGAAAAUGUCAACCCCCAUUGAAGUCCUCUGCAAGGGCUACCCAUCUGAGUUUGCAACAUACCUGAAUUUCUGCCGAUCUCUUCGUUUUGAUGACAAGCCAGAUUAUUCAUACCUGCGACAACUCUUCAGGAAUCUCUUCCACAGACAAGGGUUUUCCUACGACUACGUGUUCGACUGGAACAUGCUUAAAUUUGGUGCCAACAGAGCUGCUGAAGAUGCAGAGCGAGAGAGGAGGGAGCGAGAGGAGAGAAUGAGGCACACACGGAAUCCAGGCACUAGGGUGCUGCCACCCACAACAGCUGGAAGGCCAAGGGGAACCCAGGAUGUCGCACCGCCCACUCCCUUGACUCCCACCUCUCACACUGCAAAUACGUCCCCCCGCCCUGUAUCGGGAAUGGAGCGCGAGAGGAAAGUCAGUAUGAGAUUGCACCGCGGUGCACCAGUCAACAUCUCCUCCUCUGACCUCACGGGGAGGCAGGACACCUCACGCAUGUCAACGUCACAGAAUAGCAUUCCCUUCGAACAGCACGGCAAGUAGCUGCUCGCCACGUUCUUGUUUGAAGGCAGCACUGGAUCCUAUCUCGAGUGGCCCCCAGCGGUCUCCAGUCUGCUGUACACCGAUGAAAGAAAGCUAUUUGCCUUGGAGGGCAAAUAAUGCAUGGCUGAUCAAUACUUGUACUAUUCCAACAGCUUCAUGACGCAAAAAAUAAAUAAACCCCAAAAUGAACAAAUAAAAAAGGAGCUAAUGAUGCCUUUUAAAGAAACAAAACUUUCAAGUUAAAACAAAAAAAAACCGCAUACAAAACAGGAACAGAACAUUUUUCUGCAGCCCCCGCCUUUGCCAAGCAGAUGUUGCAAGAAAAGCCACCUGCUAUGAGCAGCAUUGAGCAGCAGCAGAAGUGGGCUUUGAGAGACGAUUUACCAAGCGGACCGGCUAUCAUUGCCAUGUUUGUUCUCCCUCCUCUGUUGGCAAAGUAAUGAUUUUAUUAUCUUGCUGUGUAAUGAUAGACAUUAACUCUCUUUUAAAAUGUGUUUUUUGUAUUGUUAAGCUAAAUUAACAGACUCCAGUCUGUCUAGGUGGGUAGUAUGUCGGUGUAUUGCUUUUAUUGUCUGAUUAUACAAAAAAAAAAUUAAACUUUUCAACUUAAGACUUGAAAUUGCUCAUAAGGCUCACAGGAAAUGUUUCAUGUGAAAUUUAAAAAUAAUUUUAUUAAACUUCACUUUUUUUUUGUAUGGAUCUUUUUAUGCUUGUUAUGGCCUAUGUUCAUUUUCCUAUUUGACUAAGGAUUUCAAGACAUUUCUUGCUAGAUAGUUUUAUUUAUAGAACCAUUUAAGUUUUUCUUCCACAUGCAAAUACUUUUGACACUGACAAUUCUGAGUAGUGUGCAAUAGUGUUCUCUGAAUUGCCUAGUGAUGCCAGUGGCAUCUAACAUCCUUAAACACCUUUUAAAGCCAAUGACAAUGUAGAAAGAGGAACUGGGUUGCAUUUUAAAUGGGUAUCAUUUUUUUAACACAAUUUCUGUCUUUUAAUAUUUAGGAAUAGUCUUUUUGGUGGAUUUCCUGGUUUUGGUGUAUGACUUCCACAUUGAAGCUGUAUGUACUUUGUUGGUAUCUGUCGCAGUCCCAUAAUGUUUGUUGAAACGCUACACCAUUUCAAAGCUGUGAAAUAAUAAAACCUGUAAUAGAAGUGUAGAUGUAGCCAUUUGCUGUCCUGUGAAUCUUGCUAAAUUCUGUCAUUUUAACCUGAGAGCUGUCAAGCCUUCUUUAAUAGACUGCAGGGACGUGAUGGUAUAGUAGGGCUUUAGUGUUAAUGCCUCUUGAUUUAGCAGUUCUUGGGCACUAUUAUUAUUUUUGCCAAGACUCAAAGGAGCUGUUUUUAUAAAAGUGAAGGACCUCUCCCUUAUAAACCAACCUUACCAAGGGAUCAGACAAAAAGGGCCAGCGCCUCGCACUAAACAAAUUCCUAUUCUAUAACUCUGUUCUUUAAAUCCGUGAACUGAUCUUACUUUUUUAAUAUACAUUUCAAAUGGUACCAAUAACAUUGAUUUUGGUUUGUAAAAAAUAGGAUAAUCAGACUUCAUGACAUUUAAUAGCUAUUGCUAAUGUGUCCUUAGCUGUAUCAUAAUACUGUGUACAGUCUAGCUAUUUCUGCCUUAAGAAAAAAAAAUGUAUCGCUGUUGGAAUGCAAAAUGUUAACUGAGGCAUGUGCACUAAAACCUAUGCUAUAUACCUGAAUUUCUAAGAUAUCUGCAUUAACAUUACUAGAAGGGAGAUGAGCUGUUCUGUGGGACUUUUCAUUUGUAAUUAUACAGUCCACAUUAUAGAACUUUACCCCCUUAUCCAUAACUAUUACCUUGAACUGUUUGAAUUUUGAGUUAACCUUGUGUCUGAAUCAUUGUUUCCUUCUGACAGUUUGUCAUUCCCUUCAUUAUGGCCACAUCAACUUUCCACAUUAGCAAGUCUGUAGGAUCCUGUGUAUUGGUAAUCUAUUAGCCCUGUAAGAUUUUAUUUUUUUUUGUUUCAUUUGUAUUGCCACUGUAUUUGUGUACUUUAAAAUUGUGUAAAUAAAUUACCUGUAAAGGCU